AUGACAGCCAAAACUCGUUCGCAUUGGAAGGAAUAUGGAACAGCACUAUGUGCGACACUAAUCACCGCCACAGCGGGGACCUGCUACGGUUGGCCCUCUCCCACACUGCCGUACCUGCAGUCGAAAGACAGCUCGAUUCCCACAUCGAAGGACGAGGGCUCGUGGAUAGUUUCUAUCAUGAUCCUCUGUUCUGCGCUAACGCCGGUGCCGUCCGCCUACAUGGCCGAUAGGUUCGGCCGCAAGACCACCCUCCUGCUGGGCGCGGUCCCCUUCAUCAUCGGCUGGGUGCUUGUGAUCGUCGCCAAGUCAGUCGCGGUGCUGUACGUCGCCAGGAUGUUCUCCGGCCUCGGCUACGGUAUAGUGUACACCGUCGCCCCCAUGUACACGGGGGAGAUCGCCACCAACGAGGUGCGAGGGGCCCUCUCUACCCUCAUUACAUUAAUGAAUAAGAUCGGUAUUCUUGCUCAAUACUGCAUUGGACCUUUCGUUUCGAUGCGCACGUUGGCCGCCAUCAACUUGAUCCUACCAAUUACAUUCGUGAUAACCUUCAUCUUCCUGCCCGAAUCGCCGUACUACUAUUUGAAAUUCGAACGAACCGAGAGAGCGGAACGCUCAUUGAGGAGCCUCCGCUCCGGGGACAUACGGCUUGAACUGAAAAACAUAGAACUGAACGUCCAAGAGGACAUGAAGAACAAGGGCUCCUGGGGAGAUCUGAUAUUCGAGGCCACCAACCGAAAAGCAAUGUGGAUAAGUAUAGGGGUCUUCACAAUCCAACAGCUAUGCGGCAGCGCCGCUAUAGUCGCCUACGCUCAGAUCAUAUUCAAAAGCACCGACAGCAAACUCAGGUCCUACGAAGAGUCCAUCAUACUCGGCUGCGUCCAAGUGGCAACUUGCACCCUCUCCGUGGUUCUGGUGGAUCGCGUUGGGCGAAAGCCGCUCCUUCUACUCUCCGCCCUCGGCGUAGGCCUCAUGAACGGCACCAUCGGAACGUACUUCUAUUUGAACACUUGGCACAAGGCCUCCGUGGAGCACCUCCAUUGGCUGCCACUCGCGGUGCUCGUCAUCUACAUAGUGUGCUACGCGAUCGGCCUAUCAACCGUUCCCUACGUCAUCAUCGGAGAAAUGUUCCCCACCAACGUGAAGCUCUACGCGUCUUGUGUCGCCCACAUUUACACCGGGAUCUCGAUGUUCGCCGUGCAGAAGCUCUUCCAGGUGGUCGAAGUAUCUCUGGGCAUUUACGCGGCCUUCUGGGGCUUCGCCGCGUUCUCACUGAUCGGGCUGGUGUACAUGAUGAUCGCAUUACCAGAGACGAAGGGGAAGUCCUUCGCGAACAUCCAAGCGCGCCUCCGGAGGGACGUCGCCCGCGACAACGCCAGCAAACUGAUGACCGUCGAGUAC